UUUAGUUAUGCGUAAAAGAAUCCAUAGAAGCUUUAUAAGCCAUUAUACAAUGUACGUUACUCUGCAGUAUGGCUAAUAAAAUUAAACAGAAUCAUGUCUGGCUUCCCAGCCGACAGAUUGUCUGAUUCGCUCUUCUGGAUAUGUUUUAUUUCUUUUGCGCCAUCGGCGCAUUAAUUGUUCUUUCGACCGGUGCAAGUAACUACGUUCGAAACGAAGACAUCUGUGGGCAGAACAACGGGCGACGACUUUAUUUGGAACUCGGGGAACGAGGAAUUCUUUAUGCAAAGAAUGUCACGUUUGUCAAAAACGCACCGAGACAACAAACAUCACGAGUUUACGUCACCAACAGUUCACACAAUCAGUGCAGUCUGGAACUCGUUUCUUGUCCAUCUUGUAUCAUCACCGUGACAUUUAAACACCUGGAACUGUCUCACCAUUGUGGAGAUGGAAGUAUGACGAUAGACAAUCCCUGCAGGUGUGAUUACGUCUGGAUCGCGGAACCUCCAUACGAAGAUGUAUCUGGUACACCGUUCUGUGGCUUGUAUGCACCCCUCACGUACAGGUCUAGCACGCGUACAUUGUCUAUCACUUUGUUAUACAGCAAAUCACACAAGCAUGCUUUUGCAAUGGAAUAUACAGCCGAGAGGAAUAGAUUACACUUGACAGGUGCUGACAUAGUGACCGGAGUCGCCAAGACAUUGAACAGUACUGGUGGUGGUAUACUGACUUCACCAUUUUUCCCGGCGCGUUAUCCGAGGGAUUUAGGAAUGGAAUACAUCAUAACAUGCGCAACAGAAGCUUCUUCCUGUCGAGUCAGGGUACUCUUUAGCGAUUUUCAGCUCGCUACAGUUUCUAUCGUUGAGUUUUACGACUGGAACGGACAGCGUCUAGAUGUUAGCAGUGGUGCUAGAUUUCGACCGCCGGUUAUAGUUAGCUCUGGACCGUCACUUCUCAUAAGAUUUUAUGCGAACGGGGGAACUGGUCUGGGCUACAAAGCGUUCUAUUCUUUUGUAAUUGGUCAUUUAUACGAUAAGUCAAUACAGCCCAUUACUGAUUGCGGAGGGUAUGUUGAGAACUUGGGCGGAGCUAUCACAAUGAUGGACAUGGUUAAUGAAGGAGCAAAGACCUACGACUGUGUCUGGUUAAUCAGACCUCCAAAAAAUUUUCUUCAUAUGAAAACUCAUAUGUACUUGAAGGUGGUCACCUUUGCUGAUAUGGCUGGAACCACAGAACUGACGAUUAAGCAAGGACCCACAUCUGCACUUUCUCCUUUGGAAAUUCUUCGGCAUCCUGCGAGUCAACUACAACCUCCUAGAUUAAGAGAGCACAUUGCUCCAGUUGCAAGUGGCUUUCACGUCAGCCUGAGAGGAACUUUUGGUCCCACUUCUAGACUAGCUAUAGCGUAUUCUGCAUUUAGUUAUACAGAUUGUUUCACGGGAUCAGAUUUUCUGUGUCAAAAUCACAGAUGCAUACCAAGCCAACUUAACUGUGACGGGUUCGAUCACUGCGGGGAUGACAGUGAUGAGCCGGCAACUUGUUUCAGAAACUGGGGAAUAGAGCCACAAGAUGGAAAGUGGCACGUAAACAAGGCAAACUACUACUUCCCGAAGAUCGAUCGAUAUCCAGACCUGAAAACAGCUACUUUAGUAUUUGUAGCCAGCAGUCUUGGACUUAUCGUAUUAAUAUCUGCACUGAUUGUCUUACUUUAUAGAAUGGGUGCUCGUGCUCGUCAACAAAGAGAAUUACAAUCUCGCUUGCAGACCAUUAGCGAGCUCCUAGUUUUUGAUAUUACAGAUGGAGCACGAAUUGACGAGAUCACUGUAUCAGACGAUCCUCCAGUUUAUGAAGCUCCGCCAGGUUAUGACGAGGUUGUAAAAAUUGGACUGGAAUCAGAGGGUACUAGGCGCAAGCGAAAAAAAUCGUCCUAUAGACAACCUCGUAGCAGAAGUACACCGAAUCAACACUCCAAUGAUUUAGAAACACAGUCCACAUCUCUGCUAGUGCGGGAUGAUGCAAGUAUAAGUAACUGCAGCCAAACUACGCCUGUGCUAAAUGAAACCAGACAAUCGAUUCCCGAAAGUCCACCACCGGCGUACGUUACUCCGCCAGGAACGACGCUUAGAAAUAUUUUAAUUCCUGUCACAGCUUCACCACCAUUUCAUAACGAAGAGGAAGAAUACAUGACGAGUAUGGAGGGCAGCGAACCUCGGUUCGCGUGGAUUAACGACACUGGUGCAAAUGCAACUUCACUACCAACAUCAGACGAACCACCAAUAGGAGGACCUCAUUCGUCAUUGGAAGCACAAACGCUUGGUGCGUAUCUGCAAUCUUACAUCACAGGAUUAACAGAAAAUUCUGCUCUGCAGCAACUCAGCUCUCAAGAUGCAUCGAAGGACAUGAAUCCAGAAUACGAAGAAAAGCCAGAAGAAAGAAGAGAUGUCGUCAACAUUGAUCAAGAAAAUUGUGCAUGUGAAGGGGCCUGCGGAUGUGCAAUUAAUGAAUGCGACGGCGCGACGGAAGGUGAAAAAUUGUUAGACAUCACAUCUUCGAUCGAUGAGCCUCAAAGGGAUUUUCCGACUACCAGAAAUGCGAUUAUCAAAUUAUUAGGAAGUUCUAACGGCACGAUGCCGUCUUCGGGGAGAACCAACCUCAACUCGACCACAGUUUCAAAGUCUUCUACCCCAAAUUCAACUCUGGGAAGAGCCGCAGGCUUACCUGGUCUCAGAAGCCCAUCGAUAUGCUCGAAGGAUAGCUUCAUCACAAGAAUAUCAACGUUGAGCUCGAAGUACAGUAGCGAUGAACCACAUUGUGAGUUUGAUAUCGUCUCUGAAGUAACCAGUAUCGGAGCAAUGACUACCUUGAACACCGUGGCAAAUACUCCAAACUGUACUCCGCGAAUAAGAAGCCCGGUUUCUUCCAGAGUUGCAAACCACCUGACCUGCGAUUUGGAAAGCCUGUACGAAAGCGUGAAGAUUCUUGAUUCAUUUCUUCUGGCAAGAGGAAUACCUAUUCUUCAAAAUCGCAAUCACUCUACAGAAACUUUGCAUCAUGUGGGAUCGGAGUAUGGAACCUGUGGAAAUGGUGCUUCCGGUGAGUCGGGUACUCGAAAUGUUACCGCUUCACGAGUUUGGCGCUCUACCGAUGAUACCCUAAUUACAUAAUCCUCGUACCCAGGUGUAACACAUGUUAUGGGUACAGAGAUGACUAACUUGGAAUUAUAGGUAGGUAAAUACCAGAACGAAAAGGUAGAAGCACUUGGAGGUGGAGAGAAUUGAGAUAAGAUAUUUUGACUAAAUGGCUGUGACUCUGUGUGUGAUGAAAUGGGGAAUGGCACGAAUAAUAUUUACGUCUUUUAUGGAUCUUAGGUAAUAUUUAUCAACAAUGUAACUAACGCGUUAUGGAAGAAAAUGAUUUUCAUUGAUUUUACGCGAUAUGCUAACAAUUAUAUAUCGCAAGGUAGGAAUUAAUAAAUAUCGGUAACUAUUUGUCGAAGAUUA